CUCCCCUCCCCUCACUUCACCUCUCUGCAGAAUCGCUUUCAUCCCCCCGCAAAGCCAUCCUUUCCCACCCGUGCCUCAAUUUCCAAGUCCCAAUCCCAAUCAAUCAAAAACCCCCCGCGCGCGUUGCCUUAAAACCAGCGCCGUCUCAUGCAAAACUCCGAAGCGAUCUUCCGAGAGCUACAGCUACCUGAUCAAUCAGGCGUUCAAUCGACCCCCGACGCAAGGAAACCACGCCAUGUCGACGACGGCGCCCGCGCACUACGGCGGCGCGCGGCACCGGACGUGCCGCAUGUACUGGUGCUACCAGUGCGGCCGCGCGCUCCGCAUCAUCUCCUACCCGUCCACCGACGUCUUCUGCCCGCGAUGCUUCGGCCGCUUCCUCCACGAGAUCGACGCGCCGCCGCGCCCCGCUUUCCCGCCGCCGCCGCCGCACUUCCUCCCGAACCCGUUCCACCCGCAGCACCAGUACGACGGCCGCCCGCGACGCUGGGUCAUAUACGGCGGGGAGCCGACAACAACUGUACCAGGCCGCGCGUUCCGGCAGCCUGCACCGGCGCCGCCUCGGCGGCGCGUGCCCUCCCCUCCGCCGCCGCCGCCGGUGCCGCGGCGGCCGUCCACGCCCCCGGCCAUCGACCCGGGGAACUACUUCACGGGUCCCAACCUGAACAACCUCAUCGAGGAGAUCACCCAGAACGACCGCCCGGGCCCUGCGCCGGCGCCGUCAUCGGCCAUCGACUCGCUCCCGACGGUGCGGAUCACAGCGGCGCACCUGUCGGACGGCCCGCAGUGCCCCGUGUGCAAGGAGGACUUCGAGCUCGGGGAGGCCGCGCGGCAGCUGCCGUGCAAGCACGCGUACCACUCCGACUGCAUCGUGCCGUGGCUCCGCCUCCACAACUCCUGCCCGGUCUGCAGGUACCAGCUGCCCGGCGCAGGCGGGGGGUCCAACGGCGGCGGCCAGGCCGCGCCUCGCGGCGGCAACAGGAACAGGGAGCAGCGGGACAGAGAGCCCCCGACGAUGGUGAGGUGGGGCCCGUUCUCGUGGCUGUGGCCGCCGCGCGGGCUGGACGACCCCGACGACGACGCGUGGGAGCACGGGCGCCGCCGCAGGCAGCACGACGUGGCCGACGCCGGCGCAUUCUACGCUUGGUGGCGCUCUCUGUUUCUCAUCUAACUGCUACCGUGGCGUGGAGACGCUAUCGUAUCCCAGUUAACCCUGGAGCUGUUCUGCCAGUUCAAUGUGAAUUGUGGAAGUCUGCUGUGGAGAUGUAGACAGAAAGGAGCCCGCUGUAAAAGGCUUGUAAUUUACGCAUAGUUAAAGGAGCAUGCCAAAUUCAAGGCAGGCUCAGUGAAUGGUGUGUCAUGGUAACUUUAAGGUGUUUGGUUGGCAAAAUGUAAUGCAAUCGGUUUACGGAUGCUAAUGAAUUACAUUAUAGCUA